AUGUAUUUAGAACAUAAUUUAGGAACGUUAUAUACGUGCUCGUAUCUCGUCAAUAAAGUUAUCAAAUCGUCAAAUUUGGUCAGCCAACGUUAUCUUACUGCUGCUGUUUGGACAGUUGAUUUUGGUUAUGAUAAUAAUGCUCGUCCAAGUCUUGAUCGUCUUGCAUCCGUACUUGAUGAUACGAAAAUAAAAAAGAUUUUUAUUUUUUAUUUUAGUACUAAUCCAUUAGUUUUUCUUGGUUAUUUAACAUCGGAACGAUUUAGUCGUGAUUAUCGAAGAUUAACUUCAGUUGCAAAAGAUAUUGAUCUAACAGAUAAACGAUCGAUGGAGGAAGAAAUGAAUUUUAGUAUUGGUUAUGCUCGAAUUACUCAUGGAAGUUUGACUGAUAGAGAAAUUGAAAUGGCUACAUUUAAGAUUCGAACAAGUGAAAAAUUUGAUGAUCAUUCAAUUUUAGUUACUGAUCCAUCAGUUGUUACUGAACAAUCAGUUCUUUUUAAUUCAAACUAG